GCUCUCCAGCCUCAACACACACAUCUGAAAAGACUCAUCUGUACCUUUUGGAGUGUGUCAACUGACUGCUGCUGCUGCUUUUACAUAUCAAGAUAUGAUGAUGGCUUCCUUCAUGUGCAAGACACUGGCUAUAUUUGUCAUCUGCAUGGCUCUGCAAGAGGGUUGUGGACUCCCCUUAUCAGACGGGGCUGAGCUGCCAGCUCAGACUUCACAUCCACGCCACGUCAGGACCAAACGCUGCUCCUGCAACAGCUGGGACGAUAAAGAAUGCAUCUACUUCUGCCACCUGGAUAUUAUCUGGGUCAACACACCCAGUAAACUCCUUCCUUACGGUCUUGGAAGUCCCCUGUCUCGUCGCCGCCGUCGCUCCACUGAGCGAUGCAAAUGCCUCAACCCAGCCGAUAAAACCUGCACCGGCUUCUGCCAUAAAAACUCUGAAAAUCCAAGGACUGAUGUUGUGGUCCCAUUGGUGGAAUCAUCAAACAGCAACAAAUUACUGGCAUCUUUCAGAUCCGCGGUCAAGUCCAAUGUUGUGAUCGCACAAAAGAUUCUGUUAUCAAACAAGAACGGGUUAAAUAGGCUGAAAAGCAGAACAAGGAGGUAGAGGACUGAGUAAAUACUGAAGUAGUUCAACAUCAGUGGAUUCAACCUCCAUGUGCAGGACACUUGUCCAGCUACCUUCAAUGCCAGAACCAGGGUCUCAAGGGUCUCACCAACUCUAAGGAUGUGAAGGUGAAAGGUUGGAAGGCCAAAGAGCGAAUGGGUAGAGCAUUUGAUCAACAAAACAGAUCUGCAGAGGACUGGCAGCUUGUAGAGACAGAAGUCCUACAGCAGGAACAAUGUUGGGUGGAGACAUUUUGAAGUAAUUUCUUGAACUUUCUUUGAACUUAACAACAGAUGCCAAUAAAGGACGCAUAAAGCCAAGAACAUGGAAACUUUUGUCCAUCAUUUUGAGGAACCCACAUCAAGAAAGUUUACAAUGAAGAAUGAAUCUCUGUCAAGUCUUUGGUUUCUAUGGACAAAGAACUCUCCUCACCUUCAACUCACCUUCACUGAGGAUUGUAGGAUCAUUACUUCUUCCAGACUCAUGUCAACUCUGUAUUUAGUUAGGAAUUAUUUGCCAAUGUUUACUCAAAUUAUCUUUAAACUAUUCUGUCACUGCUGACCUUUGGUUCAGUUUAAUAUUCCUCUGUAUCAGAGCUGGAAUCUGCUGUCCUGCUUUAUGUUCAGGGCAAUCAGGCAGUGCUUGAAAUGGCAGCUUGUUCACUCAUGGCACACACGACCCCAGUGAAAUGAAGGUCAUCUCUUUGGGAUUUAUCUCAUGAACAAUUAGCUUUACACAAGGUCCAUUGUCAGCUAUUCAACACACAAACACAUACUUUCUCCUGUGGGUCUAUUGUGUUGGCUCGAGUGUUUAUUGCAUAGCUCCUGUUUAAUGUUUUGAUUGAAGAUAAGCCAGAAGGUUUCAAUGACACGCAGCUUGCCAUAAAAAUGCAACAAUUGUUUUUUUCUCCCUGAAAAAUGUUUGCUUAAUUCCUCUGUAAUUAGCCACUGGGAAAUAAUGACUCUUGACUUGUGUCAUGCACUUCAGAAGCUAUUUGUCUGCACUUUUUCCUCGUCUACCACCAAUCCAUUCACUCCAUCUGCCCUGUUUUCAGGAAAUAUUCAUCCUUAAAUAUCUCAAUGCUGUAUAAGAUGGAUAGUUUACUGCCUUAGGAGUUGACUGUUAAAUGCUGAAUUGUAAAUGGAACAACUUAUUUAUUCUCUAACUUAUUCUGAGAUGUAUUUAUAUUUGUAUGAAUGAUGCACUGAAUUGCGUAUAAAAAAAUAAAAAUGCAAGAAAAAUA